AUAGAAUUAAUAGAGUCCGAAUUGAGGACCAAUGUCUGCUGGAACAUCUGCCGGUCCAUCCCCCACCUCAGUGGCAGGCCCAUCUUCCAUCUUGCAAUGCCCAACCCGCGCCACUCGUCGAAGAGCCCCGUCAAAGCCCAGGCGUUUGCGCUCAGCAGUGUACAACCGCCACAGCAACAAGGUGCUUGGUGUCCACCUCCCAUUUACUGCGCCAAUGGUGUAACACUGUAUCAAGACUACGUCAGAGCCCCACCUGGUCAGGUCGGGUUUGCGUUGAACACCUCCUGCCUGGAGAAUCUAGAGGGCUGGGAAUCGCUGCGUGCCAACGAUGGAGUUGACGACGAAGCUAACUACAUAACACCUGUGCACUCCGAUGCAGUGGCUGCCCCAACGGCGCACUCUGUGGCCCGAUGAAAUGCUGAGGGCGUGCUCACAAGUGAAUCUACUAUGAAAGUAAACCCAAAUAUAAA